UGUGACCCCAAGCGGACUAUCUUCCAGUGGCAGGCCCUUCGAUAAAAUCAGGAACUUGUGCUGGCCCUUCAAUGUCAAGGGAGGGGGCUCACCCAGGGCUCCUGUAGCUCAGGGGGCAGGCCUGAGCCCUGCGCCUGCCUGAGUCCGUCCAGCCCCAGACGGGGCUCCCCAUCUCAAGGGGCUCCGCACUGGCCCCCACCGAGGCAGGAGACCCGACCAGCUCGGAGCUCGGCUGGAUGUUACAGGCGUGCAAAAUGGAAGGGUUUCCCCUCGUCCCCCCUCAGCCAUCGGAAGACCUGGUUCCCUAUGACACAGCAGAUCUGUACCCACGCCAAACGCAUGAAUAUUACCCCUAUCUCAGCAGUGAUGGAGAAAGCCACAGUGACCACUACUGGGACUUUCACCCACACCAUGUGCACAGCGAGUUCGAGAGCUUUGCCGAGAACCACUUCACGGAGCUGCAGAGCGUGCAGCCCCCCCAGCUGCAGCAGCUCUAUCGUCACAUGGAACUGGAGCAGAUGCACGUGCUUGACACCCCCAUGGCGCCCACCCAUGCCGGCCUCGGCCACCAGGUCCCCUACAUACCCCGCAUGUGCCUUCCAUACCCGUCCCUGUCCCCGGCCCAGCCCAGCUCGGAUGAGGAGGAGGGCGAGAGGCAGAGCCCCCCGCUGGAGGUGUCUGACGGGGAGGCAGAUGGCCUAGAGCCAGGGCCUGGCCUCCUGCACGGAGAAACAGGCAGCAAGAAGAAGAUCCGGCUGUACCAGUUCCUGCUCGACCUGCUCCGGAGCGGGGACAUGAAGGACAGCAUCUGGUGGGUGGACAAGGACAAGGGCACCUUCCAGUUCUCGUCCAAGCACAAGGAGGCGCUGGCACACCGCUGGGGCGUCCAGAAGGGCAACCGCAAGAAGAUGACCUACCAGAAGAUGGCCCGCGCCCUGCGCAACUACGGCAAGACAGGCGAGGUGAAGAAGGUGAAGAAGAAGCUCACCUACCAGUUCAGCGGGGAGGUGCUGGGCCGCGGGGGCCUGGCCGAGCGGCGCCACCCGCCCCACUGAGCCGGCCCGCAGACCCGCCGUGCCCGCCAGGCCGCCCCACUGGCCAUAGCAUUAACCCCUCGCCCAGCCGGACACAGGGAGUGAAGCUCCCAGGGGCCAGGGCAGGACUGUGGUGGGCCAGGCCUCGCCUCCCCCCUCCUCUAAGCCCCCAUCCACGCCCCCGCUUCGCCUCCCACAGGAGCUCCAGCCCAGCCUCAGAAGACCUCCUGGGCAUCUGACCCCAGGACAGGGUCAGCCUUGUUUGUAAACCAGGGUGCUUCCUUGGGAGUUCGAAGUCAUCAUGUCUGUAAAUGGAACCUUCCUUUUCAAGCGUCUCUCCCUGCCCACACUUCUCCUCUAUUAGCUUCCUAAAGAAAUCCCAUUAUUAAAAUUAUUCUUAGUGA